AGAUAGGAAAUGUGAAAAGCCAUUUUGUCUAACUCUCACUCGGGACGGAAGUGCUAGUGUUAUUACCAGAUAGUCUGGUAGCUUCACUAAUGGAAAUACGCUGAAAUGCAGGCCAGAGCACGGCAAGCAGUCAAAGCGUUCGACCUCCUCCCAGUCCUAGACUACAAGUCUCCAGCUGGAAAACCUUCCUGUGUCACUGUAGCUGGAAAUGAUGUGUACGUGGGGUAUACGUCCGGACAUGUCCGUCACUUCCUGGUGUCCUCCUCCACCUCCGCUAGUGGUAGGACCAAGUACCAAGUCCGAUACUUGGACGAGAUGAUAGGAAGCUCCAAGAAGUCAAUAUCCAAGAUAGUAGUGGCUCCAACUAUAGCCAGAAUUAUUGGUCUUGCAGAAAAUCAGGUGUUUGUAGGUGAUAUGUUCAGUAUGGUGGGUGCCCAGACUUAUGGCAGAUCAACCCCCAAGUCUGUUACUUUUAUAUCUGUUAACGAAGCUUCCACUUCUUACGAUCUCGAGAUAGCGGUGUGCCAGGCCCGUAAGAAGAGCGUGUUGCUGAUGAUGGUGACCGCAGAGAGGUUCAUCACCAAACAAGAGAUCAGUAACCUACAAGCUGUCCCUCAAAAGGUGCUCUGGCAUGGUUCCGUUCUUCUUCUCGCUUACGAAGGAUACUACUCAGUGUACGACCUGAUGUCCCGUACAGAGUUAGAACUGUUUCCCUACAACACCACCACUACCUCCCCUCUGAUGAAGACACUGGGCGAGGGUGAGAUAUACAUGAACGGAGACGGUCUUGGUAUGAUCAUCAACGAGUCAGGUGAUGUUUGCCGAGCUCCAAUAGCGUGGAUAAACCAACCAAAGUUCGUGUGUUACUCUAAACCUUACAUAGUCGGCAUAUCACAAUCCUCGAUACAAGUUUACAGUCUGAUAGACCAACAGCUGAAACAAAAGUCAGGGUUUAACGACGCUAUGUCAGCUGGGGAUUUCGCUGGGAACAUCUUCAUAAUCACGGAGGAACAGAUCUACAUGUUGUUGCCAGUUCCGGCAGAGGAGCAGGUUGAGAGACUGUUAGACUCCGGGAACUUGGACCAGGCCAUGGCUCUGGCGGAGGAGACACUUGGUAGUCUGACUCGGAGUAAAAGCAGCCGGCUUAAGGCCCUUAGACAGCGAGCAGCUAACCAAUACUGGACACGGGGGGAUCUAGAGGAAGCGUUCAGUCUCUUCACUAAGACUCAUACCCCACCCGCUAAGAUAUACUGUCUGUAUGAUACCUUGUUUACUGCUACCACUGCGGGGGUAUCUGUUGCUGGGUUACCAGAGGUAUCUGUUGCUGGGUUACCAGAGGAUAAGAUGCGAGAUUAUCACGUGUUUCUACUUCAGUAUGUCAGUAAAACUGGAGUAAGAACUGAGGAACUGAAUACGAUAGAGUUCAAACUGGUAGCUCUCACAGACCCGGAUAAAAUACUUGAUCUCUUGAAGGAAAAGAGACCUAUGGAUAUGAAAUGCGUUGUCAGCUUCCUUAAAACGGAGGGAUUUCUCUACAUGCUGGGGGUGUACUAUGCUAGUUGCGGGUUCGUAAGUGAAGCAGUGGACCAGUGGCGGGAGUUGGAGGAGAGUGAGAUGCAGACACGUGACCCACGAUACCCCGGCCUCAGAUGUAUCGUGGACCUCCUUCUAUCUACUAAUAUCCAGGCGGUGAUAAUGAGUAACGUAGAGUGGCUGAUAUCACGUGACCCAGACCGGACCCUCCACCUCCUCGUGUCAACCUCUGCUGAACUGAACAACGACCAUAUCCUCAACCUCCUGGUUGAGAGGCCUCUACAUAUUGUAGCCUUCUUGGAGGAGCUCGUAAUAAACCAAAGAACUGAUAUAAACCGCUACCACACCCAGCUAGCGCAACAGUACCUGACCUUGUUGCUGUCACCACACACCACCAGGCAGAGAGCCCUCCUUCUUCGCAAGAAACUUCAGGCCCAUCUCCUAACGAGUGAUAAGUACGCUGUGUCCCUCAUCCUUAAUAAGAUUCAAGGAACCGUUCUGAAGAAAGAACUAGCUAUACUCUACGGCAAGCUUCAGGAGCACGACAAAGCACUAAAAGUGCUAGUAUACGAUGUCCACGACCUGCAGAGCGCUGAGGAGUAUUGCAGGGAGUGGCCCACGGGCCGGAAGGAGCUACAUCUUCUCCUCCUCAACAUCUACCUGAACUGCGACAAGCCCGACCAACAAGACACUCUCCUGGAGCGAGCAGUGGAGUUCCUCAACGACCGGCUAUCUGUCUUCAACUACUCUGAAGUUUACAAGAUAAUACCCAGAGACUGGCCGAUAUCUCUGAUAGAACCGUUUGUGUACAGAUCCCUAGGGUGCCAGGCUCACCACUACCGGACUAGCAGGAUAGUUAAAGGGUUAAGUGAGUUGGAGUGGGCGAGUGUGAGGGCUGUGAAGGUUGGGUACACUAGGAGAACUGUAAAGAUAACUGAUGGUACUUACUGCGCCUUCUGUUUCCACCCCUUCUCUGAUAGUAACUGUAGCGUUGCUACUAACGGGGAGGUCUAUCACACUCAAUGUAUUUCUCAAAUCACGUGACAGCUGUUAUGUUACUUACCAUUCAGCCCAAGAACAAACUUAGACUUCGAGUAUUUCAUAUUUGCACUAAAUAAUUAUUGUCACAUUCGCCAUUUCUAUAGUUGGUAGAUUAGGUUAUUGUAAUUUUAAUUUUAAUAUUGCAUCUUUUUAGAUUGUAAGGGCUGCUAAUAAUUUCCUGUUAACACUGUUCCAGGCUCAGUUUAGUCAGAGUAUUUUCCUACAAUUAAUGCUGCAAAAUGCACAUGGAUCAUUAAAAAAGUUUUACAAAAGCCGAUAACUUGUACAAUAUACAUGUUUAUAUUGAUACCAAACUACAAUACUACUUUCAAUAUUUCUAACAAUCUAACUAAUAACUAUACAUAAGAUUUAGAUUGCGAUGCCAUAGACACUAGACAGAUAUGGAAUUAGAUUAUCUUAAACGGAUAUGAUUCUAAAAUGAUAUUGUUCAUAGUUUGAUUGUUUUUACGAGAGUGUACCAAGAAAACUGCCACACAGUAUUGAUGACUUCUGCCUUUUAUUUUAUGUAUCGUUUUAUAUGUUGUACAAUAUGGAUGUUAUAUACCGUGCAAAGAGCUGUGAAACUGUGUCAACGUGAAUUUGAAUUAAAAAAAUGUUUCUAUCAGCAAGCUAGGGCAGGAAAUUGAUGUAUGUUUGAUAACCGUGCUGAUACUGUUCUUUGGUGUUAAGAUAUUUGAGAACUCACUACUCAGGUUAAUAACCUGAAACGGCUUUGAUUUUUGUAAUUUUAAUAACUAUUAUUGGUGUGUCUAUUGAUAGUAAUUCAUUUAAUUAUGUCAAAUAUGGUAAAAACUCCGAUUUCACUUGAAAUAUAGUUUAAA